CACUCCAGAGACAACAUGAAGCCGUUUGGGAUUCAACCCGAGAGAGUUGGGAAACGCGCAAGAGAACGGUAUUCUGAUCCUGAACUAUUUGACAGGUUCCUGUUUGGUUCUCUGAAACAGCACCGUGGAGCAAAAGGGGAGAAGCGGGUUGCUCCUCUGAUGGCUCACAUAAGCCUGAGGCAUUUGCUCGGAUUGUUUAUCCUAACCGUCGGUGUAAGUCGGUGUGUUACAAACGCUGAAGAUGCCACCCAACCCAACUUCAUACUCAUGAUGGUUGAUGAUCUGGGGAUCGGGGACGUUGGUUGCUAUGGUAACGAUACGAUCAGAACCCCGAACAUCGACAGGUUAGCGAAGGAAGGAGUGAAACUGACUCAGCACGUUGCCGCUGCUCCUCUCUGUACACCGAGCAGAGCUGCGUUCAUGACGGGACGUCACGCUUUGCGUUCAGGUCUCGGAAGUACUGGAAGAGUGCAGGUGAUCCUAUUCCUCGGUGCUUCAGGAGGACUUCCUCCCAAUGAAACCACGUUUGCCAGAGUCCUACAAAAGCAGGGUUACACCACAGGAAUUGUGGGAAAGUGGCACUUGGGAGUGAGCUGUAAGAGCAGGAACGAUCACUGCCACCAUCCCAACAGCCAUGGUUUCGACUACUUUUAUGGUCUUCCUUUCACCCUGUUUAAUGACUGCAAACCUGGAAACGGCACUGAUGUGCUCGGCGACCUUCAGGAGCUGCUGGGGCACAUUUUCAUGCUAUUAGCGCUGGCAGUGUUGACGCUAAUCAUGGCUAAAAUCUCUGGACUUCUGGAAAUUGGCUCCAGAAUGCUCAUGUUCCUUGUCGUUGUUUGUGUUCUUGGCUUUUUGACUUGGUACAUUCCGUUUGCGUUCUUACGAACCUGGAAUUGCAUCAUCAUGAGGAAUCAGGAUGUAGUGGAACAACCAUUGAAUCUGGACACGCUAGCCGAAAAGCUAAUGAACGAGGCGGAGCAGUUUGUUGAGAGGAACCAGAACAGACCCUUUUUGCUGUUUCUGUCUCUGCCUCACGUCCACACGCCACUUCUCAUCUCCAAACAGUUUGCAGGAAAAAGCAAACAUGGCCUUUACGGAGACAUCGUGGAGGAAGUGGACUGGAUGAUUGGCAGAAUGGUGAAGAUUGUCGAGAAGCUGAAUCUUUCUGAAAGGACUCUGAUGUACUUCACGUCUGAUCACGGAGGAGACAUCUGGAUAUCUGACUCGGAGGGUCAUAAAGGAGGCUGGAAUGGAAUUUAUCGAGGUGGUAAAAACAUGGCUGGCUGGGAAGGUGGCAUUCGUGUUCCUGGAAUAUUCCGCUGGACAAAUCAUCUUCCAGCUGGAAAAAUCGUUAAUGAGCCAACCAGUUUAAUGGACAUUUUUCCUACCGUAGUGAACCUCGCAGGAGGACAGCUACCUAAUGACAGGAUUCUGGAUGGUCAUGACCUGCUGCCGCUGUUGGAGGGAAAAACAAAGCGUUCGCAACACGAGUUCAUGUUCCACUACUGUGGUGUUCAUUUGAACGCGGUCCGCUGGCAUCCUCCUGACAGCGACUCAGUUUUCAAAGUGCACUUCUUCACUGUGAAUUGCAACAGCACACAAAUGUGCUUGUGUCACGGUGACAUCAUCACACACCACGACCCGCCACUUGUCUUCGAUGUGACCUCUGACCCCUCGGAGGCAGUGCCCUUGACGGUGGAGACAGAGGCACGUCACGGCGAGGUGCUGCAGCGGGUUCGAGAUGCCGUGCAGGAACACCAGCAGACAUUGACGCUCCCUGAGAACCAGCUGUCGUGGCCGAACGUGCUGUGGAAACCAUGGUUACAGCCAUGCUGCGGCAUUUUCCCUUUCUGCUCCUGCUCAGAGACUUCGUGAUCGCAGGCGCAGUUUUGGACGGAGGAAACUUUCUUAGCUCUGUUGGAGCCUAACAUGACCCAUUUAACCUUUUAAUAAACGCAAAUUGUUUAAUGUGCUCAGUCCAGUUUCUCUAAUAAACAGGUCCUUGAGAGUAA